AUGAAUCCAUGUUUGGCUAUUGAGAAAGCCUCGAAGAAAAUGGCUGAGGUAAACAUUCAAGAGCCCCUGGCCCCAGUUAACGUUCCACAGAUUUCUGGUACUAGCCCUAGCACCAGUACCGGUAGUAGUGAUAAAAAACUGAACUCAGGAGAUCGGAAGCCUAUGAGGAGGCCCGAUGCUGGAGGGAAAAAUGGGUUUAAACAGAUUCGCCUCUUUGCUAAUCAUUUCAAGGUCGAAUUUCAGCCCGCUCAACAGAUCUUCCAUUAUGAUGUGAAGAUAACACGCCAGUCUGUCAAAAAUAGUUCUUCCAAACGUAGAGGAAAGCAGAAAGCAGGCCUUGGUGCUUCUACCGCCGAGGUUCAAGACAUGGCGAUCACUGUGUCUAGGGCAGAUGCAGAAGAGAUUAAAAACAAACUGGGUGCAGAGAAUUGUGUGGCUUUCCGUAAUGCAAUGCCUGUUUACGAUGGCAAAAAGAACCUGUACAGUGCGAUCGAAUUGCCAGAGGGUGAUUUUACCGUGAAGCUCCCUAAAGGGGAAGGCAGUGAUGUUAAAGAAUAUAAGGAAAUGUUGCAGACGUUGGAUCUGGUAGUAAGGGAGCAUCCCAGCAGCAGCCGGAUAAUCAUGGGGCGGAGUCUUUACGAUAAGCGUGAAAAUUUACAGAAAUCUCUUACGAGUGGCAUUGUAGCUGGACGCGGGUUUUCAAUGAGUGUCAGGCCUACGGCCCAGGGGCUAUCUCUUAAUGUGGAUUUUUCAGCAGUGGCUUUCCAUGCAACAAUAGAUGUAUUAGAUUAUUUGUGGCAGAAUCGACGUAUUGAUUGCAAACCAGACAAAGAACUCGAUAAAAAUGAGCGACCGGAGGCUGAAAGUGCUCUGAAGGGUUUGAAGGUGGCUGUCAAACAUAGGGUCACAAAGCAAAAAUACACCGUGUGGAGACUGACUAAAGAAAUUACCAGAGAGCUCAAGUUGAACAUUGAAGAGAACGGGCAGCAGAAGCAGAGCAUUAGCCUUGUGGAUUACUAUCGGCAGCGUUACAAUGUGGACAUCAAGGCAGAGGUUUCCGAAGGAUAA